GUUAACAAGAUACAGCGCUCUCUGUUCUUCAUUCCUCUGCUCAAACCUUCCUUUUCUUUAAUGAAGCUUCUACUUUGAGUCAAUCAGUAAAGAUUCUCAAGGACCUCAACAAUGGCGAUACUUCCAUCUUCCAGCAAUCUAUGGCUUGCUUUUACCAUUCUACUUCUCCUUUUCAGUCACAUCCACGCUCUUCGUGCAUCGCCUAAGUCUAGAAAAAUAGAGGAGUUGCAGAGCUUAAACAACACGACAAUGGCUGAACAAAUGGAAGAAGUUGAUGUAUUUAAUGAACAUGCAGUAGCAAAUCCAGAAGAGGUUGUUGCUAUGGUUCACAUGAGUAUUCAGAACAGUACUCAGAGGAGGAACUUGGGCUAUUUCUCAUGUGGAACAGGAAAUCCUAUUGAUGACUGCUGGCGUUGUGACCCCCACUGGCACAAAAACCGGAAGCGCCUAGCAGAUUGUGGUAUCGGGUUCGGAAGAAAUGCCAUUGGUGGCAAAAAUGGACGCUUCUAUGUUGUCACAGACCAUCGUGAUGAUGAUGCAGUCAACCCCAAACCAGGGACACUCCGUCAUGCAGUCAUCCAAGAAGAACCUCUCUGGAUUAUAUUCAAGCGUGAUAUGGUGAUCGAAUUGAAGGAGGAGCUUAUAAUGAACAGCUUUAAGACAAUCGAUGGUCGUGGGGCCAAUGUCCACAUUGCCAAUAGAGCUUGUGUUACAAUUCAAUUUGUGACCAACAUCAUUAUCCAUGGCAUUCACAUCCAUGAUUGCAAACCAACUGGUAAUGCUAUGGUGAGGAGUUCUACAACUCAUUAUGGAUGGAGAACUAUGGCUGAUGGAGAUGGUAUCUCGAUCUUCGGGGCUAGUCAUAUUUGGAUUGAUCACAAUUCCCUUUCGCAUUGUUCUGAUGGUCUUGUUGAUGCCGUGAUGGGUUCAACUGCCAUCACCAUAUCAAACAAUCACUUUGCUCAUCAUAACGAAGUGAUGCUGUUGGGUCAUAGUGACUCUUAUGUGAAAGACAAGGCAAUGCAAGUUACAAUAGCAUUCAAUCACUUUGGCACAGGUCUCAUGCAAAGAAUGCCAAGGUGUCGUCAUGGUUAUUUCCAUGUGGUGAACAAUGACUACACCCACUGGGAAAUGUAUGCCAUUGGUGGAAGUGCUGCCCCCACAAUCAACAGCCAGGGUAACAGAUAUGCAGCUCCAAGAAACCCUUUUGCAAAAGAGGUGACAAAAAGGGUAGAGACAGCUGAAAAUAAGUGGAAGGGGUGGAAUUGGAGGUCUGAGGGAGAUAUGAUGUUGAAUGGUGCAUACUUUACCCCAUCAGGAGCUGGAGCCUCAGCUAGUUAUGCAAAAGCCUCAAGCUUAGGAGCUAAAUCAUCUUCCAUGGUAGGAGCCAUAACUUCUAAUGCGGGUCCUUUGUCUUGCCAUAGGGGUCGCCAAUGCUAGCCAUUACGGGUUCAUGUUAAUUGAAACAUAGUGCAAAAAUACGGUUCUAAUCACAAUCGUAAAACGGAUUUUGUGGUUGACGCGCAUGAUUUAGCUGUCAAUACGACCCAUAUUCUGGUCGUGGUAAACUCAACAACCUUUAUGAUACUGUCAUGUUAUGAUGCUGCAGCCUUAUUUUCACACUGUCAUAGAAAAGAGUCUUGUUUUUUAACCAUAUUUGGUUUUCCUCUCAAAAUUAGAUUGGUUCCAUGAAAUCACCCUUUUUAACUGUUAUUAAACCAAUUGAUUCUUCAUAUUUUGGCAAGUGUACAUUUUUUACACAUUGCCCAUGAAAUCAAUCACCCAAUGUUGAAGCAUUUAGUGUGGUUUUUUUUUCAACCUCAGCUUGCUUCAUUUCCAGAGGAAAGAUUUGAAAUGACAGCAAGAUAGAAGUGUUGUUCCAUUAUUUGUGUAUUUUCCAUUUUGGAUUUGUCUCUGUAAAAUUUAUUUAUUCCAAUGCCAAGUGUGUCUUUUUUUUAUAACGAUAUGUUUUUAGUUUAAUAUUAUAGGAUUUUAGAAUGCCUUUAAUGUGUUAUAUUUGAUUUUAUUUUGGGAGAUUUAAUGUUACAAGUGUGAAGAAAGUUUGGAAGAUUUGAUGUGUGUUGGUUAUAUUUGAUUUUACUUUUGUCCAUUUUUCAAGUAUAACUUUAAUAACUAGUGGUGGGAGA